AACAAAUUUAGUUGUUGUAGGUGGCAGCACAGCAUCACGUGAAUUUUCAUGGCGGUGUUGUAGGGCUAGUCCCGUAUCGUCUUGUGAUUUCACCAAAAAAUUGCUGUUUCGAAUAUUCAGUGAUAAACAGCAUUAAAUUUUAAAUUGCCGUGUUCAGGAUGAGUGAAUAUUGGGUUAUAAGUGCCCCUGGCGACAAGACCUGCCAACAGACAUGGGAUACCCUGAAUAAUGCCACAAAAGCUGGCAACCUCAGUGUCAACUACAAAUUCCCAAUCCCUGACCUCAAGGUGGGGACUUUGGAUCAGUUGGUGGGGUUGUCUGAUGACCUCGGUAAACUAGACACCUUCGUCGAGGCUGUGACCAGGAAGGUGGCGCAGUAUCUUGGAGAGGUACUUGAAGACCAACGUGAUAAACUUCACGAGAACCUCAUGGCAAACAACAGCGAUCUGCCGACAUAUUUGACCCGUUUCCAAUGGGAUAUGGCCAAGUAUCCGAUAAAACAGAGCCUGCGCAACAUCGCCGAUAUUAUCAGUAAACAGGUGGGUCAAAUCGACGCGGAUCUUAAGGUGAAAUCAUCCGCCUACAACGCUCUGAAGGGAAACUUACAAAAUUUGGAGAAGAAACAGACAGGAAGCCUGUUAACCCGCAACCUGGCCGACCUUGUGAAGAAGGAACACUUCAUCUUGGACAGCGAGUACCUGACCACCCUGCUUGUUAUUGUGCCUAAGUCGAUGUUCAACGACUGGAACGCAAACUACGAGAAGAUAACGAACAUGAUUGUGCCCCGCUCCUCGCAGCUGAUACACCAGGACAAUGAUUAUGGACUCUUCACUGUCACUCUGUUCAAGAAGGUGGUGGAGGAAUUCAAGCUGCACGCCCGCGAACGCAAGUUCGUAGUGCGCGAGUUCAGUUACAACGAGCAAGAUCUAGCUGCCGGCAAGAAUGAGAUCACUAAACUCGUUACCGAUAAGAAGAAACAGUUUGGUCCGUUGGUGCGAUGGCUGAAGGUGAACUUCUCCGAGUGCUUCUGCGCUUGGAUACAUGUGAAGGCUCUGCGCGUCUUCGUCGAGUCGGUGCUAAGAUACGGUCUGCCCGUGAACUUCCAAGCAGCGGUGCUCGUACCUAGCCGCAAGAGCAGCAAGAAGCUGCGCGACGUGCUGCAGCAGCUCUACGCGCACCUCGACCACUCCGCGCACCACGCCUCCAACACGCAGGACAACGCUGAAUUAGCUGGUCUCGGUUUUGGCCAAUCGGAAUACUUCCCGUACGUGUUCUAUAAGAUCAACGUUGACAUGAUUGAGAAAUCCACUUCUUAAGCGGACAUAGAAUGGCUGUUAUAGGUAAUGUUACCAAGUUCUGUGCGUCUGACCGCGGUAGCCAGCAAUAGUUGCAAUAUUGCAUUGUACAAUAAUGAAAUAAUUAAUUAAUAUACACUAUUAGAAAAAUAUCGGUUUCCCAAUUGAAAAAAAAAAAAAUAUUCCAAUUAUAUUUUUCUAUAAAUCGCGCGUUUUGAAGCAGGUUGUUGCUAUUUAUAAUUUUAUUAAAUUUUAUUUAUAUUGUUGCCAUUAUAUGCUAUAAAGCUUCAGAAAUAUGAAACGCAACAAAUGUUUUUUUUUUUCAGUAUUACGUUGCGUUUUUAGAGUAGAUAAUAUAUAUAUAUAACAACUGUUACUAAAUUGUAAAAUAAUGUUCAAUGAAUUAUAUUGGUAUGAUAAAUGCAAACUGUACAUAAGAACAUUCCUCAUAUAACUUGUGUAGUACAUAAUAAAUAUUAUUCAAGUUACUGUU